UAUCUAUUGAACUAAUGACAAUUGACAUUAUUGACAGCUGCUUGUUUAUUUUCAUUGUAAAAAAGGUGUGAACUAAGUUGUAUACAUAUAAUUUGGAAAAGUUUCAACUACAAAAAGUUUAGAUGACUUGCCAUGUCUUCAAUUCUUGAUCACAGAUACGAAUAUUUAAACAGCAAAUACUUCAAAAAACCCGAAUACGGAGAUUUCACCCCAUUUUAUAUCACUGUUACAAUCUGCUCGAUAAUUGUACUGAUUCUAAUAUUACUCAACGUUGUAUUAGGGUGCUGUUCACGACAUUCCGCUUAUUGGCAAGACAGAUAUACAGGUAAUCGUUGGAUCGUAUCUCUUUGGACGUCUACGCCUCAUCAACAACCAUCAUUAGACUACACAGAACUUCAAGGUAUCGAAAUUCAAAAACCAAUUGUGUAUUAUUCAGAACAUCAACCGGCUACUUCCCCAAAAUUGCCUUCACAGUAUUUGGAAUUGCAAAAACGGGAAAGCGACAUUUAAAAUGUUUCAUUUGUAUUGGCCUGCAACUUGCGCACUUACAUUGUUUCUUAUAGUGGGGGUGAUUAUGGUGAUGUUGAAAUGGGGCCCUGUAAUAUGUAAAACUCGCCAUACUGCUUUACCUGAUAGAAAAGUUUAUCAGUAUGGGGUUCGUGCAUAUGAACAAGAAAUUUCUAUUGCUUGAAUAAUGAGUUUAAUGUAUAACAAGUGCCUUUACAAGGCAGCCUUAGUAAUAAUAAUAAAUAAUAAUUUUAUACUAUUUUCAAUUAUAGAUCUGAUUUUAUAUUGAAUCUCAAUUAUUAUUCCGUCCAUUUUAAAUUUGUUUUUUCAAUUUUUCACUAAAAUUUUUUAAUAAAGAUGUGAAUUAAG